AUGAAGGCCGGGACAAUGGGGCUAGCGCAAGGGCACCAACCUCACGUUCGGGACGCCGCUGAACUUCUCCAGAAAGCAUUGGCCAGCGUCACCGCCCAAGACAUCGCCAGGUGCUUUGUCGAAGCCGAGACGCUUCCGGAGGAGGUGGCGGCUGAGCUCACCAAGCAACACGGGAAGACCCGGUUCAACGUCGCCGAGCCUGACCUGAAGGCUCUCGCAGAGACUGUCAACAUGUUGAGCACCAACGUGCAAGGCGCGCAGAAGCAGGGAUCCCGCGUCGUGGACGAGGAGAUCAGCGAACUGUUGGCAGAACUCAACAUCGAACCCGAAAAGCCGGUCGCGGGGGAAGCGUUGGCCGCGAUUCAGGGGUGGGCUACCAUCGAGGACGACGAGGAGGUGGUAGAGGCUCUUCGAUUGGACGCGGUGGCAGACAUGACAGCACUGCUGGCUGGAACGAACUUGUCUACCGGCGGCGACGACGAGGAAGACGAACAGGACCAGGGCGGUGGCGGUGAGAACACGGGGCGCGAGCGCCGUGCCCCACGUGCGCCACCGGGUUAUGAAGAACUGCCGUCUCACUUCGGCGCCCUGGAAUUGGCAGCAGAGGACAAUGGCAACGGAGACGCGGCGUUCUACCGAACGAAAGCGAAGAUGUCGAUGAUCGCAGCGCAUUCCGCUAGGCGGGAGCGCCAGACGGGCAUUAGAGGAUUCGUCGCGACGUAGAGAUCAUGGUUGUUUCUUUUUAUUGCGGUUCGCUUCCUGUCGUGUACUUGUAGUUUUUUUUUUUUCCGUGGAACAUCGAGGCGGGUACGCCAGGCAGACACUCCAGUGUCGCGACGUAGUUUGGGGGCGAGAUACAACUGUAGUGCAGUAGUAUUGAUUUUUGUUUUCUUACAGUGCGCUUCCUGUCGUGUUUCUUUUUCUGUUUUGUCUUUUGUAUCUUGCAACAUCGAAGGAGGGGCUCUAGGGCUGAGAUAUAGCUACGUCAACUCUGUACGAACGGGAGCUUUACAAGCAUCUUGCCGUCAACAGCAGUUCCGACAGUUCAGGGUGUGCAGUACAGUGCAUGUGCUGAGGCAGGCAGAUAAUAACGGUGCAACAUGCGAGUGUGAAAUAUUUUUCACAACUCGCCCUCUGUGUGCGACAGGGGGGAACCAUACCUGUCGCGAGAAAGGAUGCCUACGCCCACGAAAGACCUUUACUAAGUUUGAUCCAUUUCGUACUCUGUUAGCCCCGCAACACAUGAGCGCCACAGCAUGAAAUCAAACAUCGCCUCAAUAGUGCCGGACCGGCUCUAUUGAGGGAUAUUCGAAACCUCGAAAGCGCAGAAUCGGCACUAUGGAGGCCCUAUUCUGAUUAGUGCCGGUGCCCUCAAUAGUGACGAUAUCAUCUCUGAACACAUACCGGCACUAUAGCGGGCCCAGUACUGUAUGUGACUUCCCCGGAUCUUCCGAGUUAUUUUUUCAACUGGGCGAAGAGACCGCUGACAUCAUCAAGGCUGCUGUGGAACACACGCGCUUUUCAACCACCGUCUCCCGUUCUCUACACACACCUACCUACUGGCAUCUCCCGCAUUCACACGAGUGCACAUGGCCGCAUCAACACGCCACUCCCUUUUCACACAAACAAUUGCUACAUAGCAGCAGACAAACACACAUCAGGGGUCUCAUCGGUGACUGCUGUAGGUGCUGGGCGUGAACUGGGGCUCAAUCGAGAGAGGCAGACACCGUUGUCUUCACCCCGCACUGCUGCUGCUGUGAACUGAACAUGGGUAUCCACAUGGCAUAGCUCUAGUAUUAUCACUGCUGUCCGCCCCCGGCCGAAGCAGCACACCCCGCCCGCGAGGCAUGGCACCUGCUAACGUUCCACUCAGUGCUCCUCCGUUGGGAGCGACGAGACAUAUCCACGCUGCCAACACGGGGCAACAGGGCCGCAGGCCGAACCCGAGAUCAACACCCUUGCGGAAAGGAGGACCGUCGCGCAGCAGCACCCCGGUCUCUGCGGGUACCAUCACUCUCGCUGCCUCGAGGCGGUCGACCAUUGCCAAGGCAGCCGAGAGGAGCUCAGGAGGGGCGGUCACGACGAAGCGUUUACGGAAUCAAGUGAGUCGCGAAAGUACCACCCCGAUAAGUGUAUGUUGCCUGUAGCUGGCUGGCUGGCUCUAGCCCCAACACGUAUGCAUCGCAGGAGAAUGUCUUUCAUGUGAGGAUUCUGUACGACAUCGAAAUAGUCUCGUGCAUGUUGUUCGCGUCUUCGUGCGUUCCAACAUGUGGACAUGUAGAGAAAAAUACAUGUAUAUGCUUACGCCCCUUGUCUAUUUACUGUAGAACUCUUUUUUCAUCUUGCUACAAGAGGAAGCCUACAUUUAUUUGUGUAGUACAUGCUCGAAAUCAUCACAUCCUGCAUGUUGUGACGGGUGCAAGAGUGCCCAUGGCAGCUGCUAGAGAAUGCGAGCUGCGAGAGCGAAGUCAUGACCACACGAAGUGAAAAGGAGAGAGGGACAAGCGACGCUUCGUUCGACACGAGCAUUCAGAUGAAUGCAAAGGGUCGCGGCGUGCAGAUCACGAGGAGCGACUGCUUCACGCAGGCGUGCCGCCAGUGUGGGCGGGAAAUAAACCCGUGCCAGCGGCCAUUGCAGACGCAUUCCUGUCGUGAUAUUUGGUGGUGUGUGAUAGGCUGUUCAUGGGGCGUGAGGGAUGGGGUGUGUGCUGGACGACUUCUUACUCACGAGGAUUUGGAAGAAUUGCGCGUCGAUAUCCAUGAAC